CUGAUCAACACAAUUUUUUGACAAAAUUGAAUCUUUAUAGGCCAAUUGUAUGAGAAGAAAUCCAUGACUUUGGUGCACAUGGGUACAUAGAUUUUGAUCCAUCCCCUGCUUAUAUAUAUAAAUGUAAAUCUCUUCUUCCAUAUCCAUCUCACAAGAGUUACAAGAAAAAAAAACUACUAAACACAUACAAAUGAAGAUGACAUUGGUAACAUUGGUCCUAGUGGUUGCCUUGAGCACAAAGGCACUACUUGGGGAAGCUGGUCCUGCGCCAGAGCAAAUUGUUGACACAUCAGGGAAGAAGGUGAGAGCUGGUGAGAAUUACUACAUAGUUCCAGCAUCCUCGGAUGUAGGUGGCCUUGCUCUUUCAACCACAGGUCAAGAUUGUCCUCUUGAUGUUGUAGCUGUUGAUGGUUACCAAGGACAGCAAUUGAGCUUUCUUCCUGUUAAUGAUAAGAAAGGUGUGAUUCGCGUUUCCACUGAUCUCAACAUCUUUUUCUCCACCUACACAAGUUGUUCUCAGUCCACAGUGUGGAAGCUCAAGGAUUAUGAUUAUUCAACAUCACAGUGGUUUCUCACAACUGGUGGUUCUUUGGGCAACCCUGGCUCUCAAACCAUCACCAAUUGGUUCAAGAUUGAGAAGUACGAGGAUGCUUACAAGAUGGUUUAUUGUCCAAGUGUGUGCAAUUAUUGCAAUUAUCCAUGCAGUGAUAUUGGAAUAUAUCAGGACCAAUAUGGCAAGCGUUUGGCUCUAACUUCUGAGCCAUACAAAGUGCAGUUCCAGAAGGUUCAAUACUAAAUGUUGAAUAUACAAAUCUUGAUGAGUAAAGUGUAAGGCACUACUUGCAGUUUUCAUACAAGAUUAUUCUCAAGUUGAGUUCCCUGUGCUGCAUAAUAAAUAAACAAAUGUAUUUCCACUCUUUCUAAUUUCUAGUUUCUGUUUGUCGUUAACUUAUAAGAAAAUAUUCGCUAAGAACGUAAACUCCUAAGCUGAGAAAAAUUUCAUUCCUAGAAGUAUUUUCCUUUGAACAAUUAACACUACGACUAUGGUUUGUCCAAAUAUGAGUUACGCACACAAAAGAAUGUCUGUUUCUGAACCUGUUGUUCAGGUGGCAUUCCUUCCAAAAGCUGGCAUGGGUCAUCUCAACCCAUUUCUCCGAACAGCAAUAUUGUUUCGAAAAUUGUGGUUGCAAACUCACUUUCAUCACUUCCAAAACUACACUUUCUCUUCACCAGACCUGUUAAAGUUCCUUUCCUUUCUGUUAU